AUGAAUCAUGAUAGGCCUAUGACAUUAGCUGCUUUCUUGAAAGUUAAUCCACCGAAGUUCAAGGGUACGAAUGUAGCAACUGAAGCUGAUAAUUGGUUCCGAGGCAUAGAAAGGUCCUUGAGGGCACAGCAUCAAGAUGAGGGUAAUAUUUUGUGGAAUAUUUUCAAAGAAGUGUUCUAUAAGAAGUAUUUUCCUAGAGCUACUCGUGAGGCAAAGGAGAUGGAGUUGAUGCAGUUAAAACAGGGAAGAGGACUCCGUGAAGAUUUGUUGAACUCAGUGGUUCCAUUGGAAAUACGGAAUUUUGCGGAGUUGGUUAAUAAGAGUCAGCUAGUAGAGGACUGUGCUAAGAAGAUAGCUGCAGCUCGGAUGAAUCGCCCAGGAUCUUCUUUUCAGAAUUAUAAUUGGUAUACAGCUCCUCAGGGAAGGAAUUUUAAGCAGGGAGCAAUGCCUUCACGAAGGUACAAUCAGAAUAGAAAUGUUCAUGCACGUCCUACAGGAGGGAAUGGAGGAAGAAUGAGACAGGAUAUGGGUAAGCGACCUCAGUAG